AUGGCCGAAUCUGCAGAGGCAAGGCCCCUCCGCGUGCUGAUUGCGGGAGCUGGGAUCGGUGGCCUCUUUGCCGCCAUCUCUCUACGUCAUGCCGGGCAUCAUGUCGAGAUUUUCGAGUCCUCCCGCUUCGCGACAGAAUUGGGCGCUGCUAUCCAUCUUCCUCCAAAUGUCCAUGGUCUGCUACGCCGCUUUGGGAUUAACCCGGAAGAAUUCAACUGCAAUGACGCCCAGUUUGUCACCGUCUACGACUCUGGAGGCAACGUUGUAAGCUCCAAGGACGUGCGAAAUCUGCGAAGCGUUUACCCUUUUUCCUGGAAGUUAAGUCAUCGCAUUGAUCUCCACGAAGCCUUGAAGCACGCGGCCGUCAGUCCAGAUGGGCCUGGGAGACCUGCUGUCAUCUACCUACGCAGCAGAGUAGUUAGCUGUGACUGUCUCGCGCCGUCAUUGACACUCGACAACGGGAAAAAUAUUACCGGGGAUCUCAUCAUCGGUGCUGAUGGUGUCCACUCGGCUCUCCGUCAAUUUGUCGCACAAGAAGAUAUUGCUCCAACACCAUCCGGAGGUAGUGCGUUUCGGUUCCUGAUUCCCGUAUCCAAAGUCGAGGAGAACCCAGAAACACGACAGCUCCUUGCGCGGCCGGGUGAGAUGCAGCUCUGGGAUGGGAUCUAUCGCAGACUAGUGAUCUAUCCUUGCCGAAACAAUACGGAGCUCAACUUCGUCUGUCUUCAUCCCGACGGAGAAAGCGAAGGAAGCACAGAGGGGUGGAAUAAUGCAGCCUCGUUGGAGCAGGUUCUCAAGGUCUAUGACGAAUUCUGCCCCGCGAUGAAGGCCCUACUGCGCAUGGUAAAUCCAGAGGAUAUAAAGCUGUGGAGGCUUCUCGACGACAAGGCCCUGGGAACCUGGAUUUCAGGAAAGAGUUGCCUCAUCGGCGAUGCUGCUCACCCUUUUCUACCGCACCAAGGACAAGGAGGUGCGCAGGCCAUCGAGGAUGGAGCGGCACUGGGGGCCCUCUUCCCCCUGGGCACAAAGCCUGCGGAAGUUGCUGCUCGUCUGCAGCUUUAUAUGAAGUGCCGGUAUGAUCGUGCCACCAUGGUCCAGGAAUACUCGCGCCUUGCUGCAUUCAAAACAAGCCCCGACGACAAAGUCGGUGGGACGUCGACGGAUCCGCUUGAAUUCUCCCGUAUCAAUUUCGGGCAUGACGCUUACGACUUUGCGGAGAACGUCUUGCUCAAGACUCGAGAGUCUGCUGCUGCUCAUCAAGGUCCUCUUACCAGGGUGUUUGGACCCUCGAGCCUGGCUAAGCCUCCUUCGACUAUGAGCGGCCAGUCCUCACUCGUGGUCUCCUUUCGCACCCGUCGAAACUACCUGGAGACAUUCCUCCCGACCUACGACUGUUCGAUCCGAGCCAUGGGAGGCUGGGCCACCGUUUCGUUGGCUUUCACCCGCCACGGCGAACAGCAUGCUAGGCUAGUCCUGUCCAUUCCCGACGCUAUGAUUGAUCCGGGUAAUCAAGAGAUUGAAACUUUUACCCCGGUCAUCUUCGACAACGAUAUCGACAGCGUCAUGUUCGGCACCGAGCAAGGACUCCCGCUGUGCUAUGCCGAUAUCCGUGAAUAUACACUGGGUGACAACCGGCUACUCACUGUCGGACGCGGCGAAGACAUCUUCAUCGGCAUUAGUGUUGUGAUGACGGCCAAGAACGAUACGCAGGUCUUCUUUUCCCAAUUUACCGAGGCAGAAAUGUCUUCCAAGUACCCUGCGCUCGCACAUGUUAUUGGGAGAAUUCAGAAGUUAGAGGUGGUGGAGGUGAUUGAGGUCGUUGGUGCUGCCGAAACCAGUGUACAGUAG